AUGGCCAGUAGUAUGAAUAGCAAUAAUAACAAUAACAAUAUUAGUAAUACUAGUGAAAACGAGAGAUGUUCCCGUGCCGUGCAAUUCCAAAGCCAGGGUAUGGAAGAAAGUAUGGAUUACAAUGUUUUGCAACAGUAUCAGACUCAUUUGAACAACACACUAACGCUGAAACAACAUCUUUUGAAGCAGCUCACUCUUUUAUACGGUCAGCUAGACGAGUGUAGGAACAUGCAGGAGUUGAUGGACGUUUUGAUGACGCAGAGGCAGCUACUUCAGUCGAUUUUCACACUGGAGAAGAACACUGGUGUUUCGCAAGAGGCUCCUACUGUCAAAUGGUCUAAAUACGGGUUAGAUGUGGAACAGUACCUUGUUGAGACGGGGCGAGCGGACUUGGUCGAACGCAGCGGGUACCCUUUCCAUGAUUAA